ACCACAGAUUGUUCAUUUCACUGUAUUUUACAUUAUUGCACAAUUAAAUAUAUACUUUGUUUUCUUCAAAAAUUUAUGUUUUGUAUAGAUGAUGUUGCAUUAAUUAGUGACAAAUGAUAUAAAGUUUAUCUUGUAAAUAUAUCGAACUAAUGAAACGCGCAUUUUGUGUCUUUACGACAUUGUUACAUGAGCGAAAAGUUCAUAUUGGAUCGAAGAUGAAAAUUAGCAAUAUGAAAGAUUGGAAGUUCAAGGAGCCUCCAGUAUACGCAGAACUACCGAUAGACGAGAAUCCAGAGUAUAAUGUACCUGUGGCUGUGAAAAAUGCAGUGUUUUCGAAGGUACCGACAGAACCUCUGAUCGGUAAAGUCCAUUUGGUUUGUGCCUCCGAGGAUUGCCUCGUGAAUGUACUGGAUCUGGAUCCAGCUGUGACUGAUUCGGAGGAGUUUGUGGACCUUAUCGCUGGAAAGUAUCUACCUGAAGGCGGCCUGACUGUGUGUCACAGAUAUGGAGGCUAUCAGUUCGGUUUCUGGGCAGAUCAGCUAGGAGACGGCCGAGCUCAUAUACUUGGAGAAUAUGUGAACAGUAAAGGAGAAUCGUGGCAACCUCAACUUAAAGGCUCCGGUGAGACUCCGUAUUCCCGCUUCGGGGACGGACGUGCUGUCCUCCGUUCGUCCAUCAGAGAGAUGCUGGCGUCUGAAGCUUGCCACUUUCUGGGCAUCCCCACCACAAGGGCAGCCGGCUUGGUGGUGAGCGAAGAGCACAAAAUAUGGCGAGACAAAACAUACAGCGGGCGGGCGAAGCAGGAGAACGCGGCUAUAGUGCUGAGAGUGGCCCCGAGUUGGUACCGCUUGGGCUCCGUAGAGAUUCUUCUCAAGAGGCGGGAGCCGCAUACGAUGAAAGCUAUGGUGGACCAUGUUAUAAAGAAUUAUUUCCCCCAAAUCGGCGUGGAUGACGAAGACAAGUAUGUCAAGUUGUAUUCCGAGGUGGCUCACAAGAAUCUGGACAUGGUCGCCACUUGGCAAGGUUUCGGCUUUACCCACGGCGUGUUAAACACGGACAAUGUGAGCGUCCUAGGUCUGACCAUAGACUACGGGCCAUACGGUUUCAUAGAGCACUACAGUAGACACUAUGUGCCUAACAGUUCUGAUGAUCUUGGACGCUAUGCUUUUUAUAAGCAACCAGAGAUAAUGCUAUGGAACUUGGAGAAAUUCGCUGAGGCCCUCCAGCCGAUAUUGACGGAAGACCAGAAAGGGAAGAUAGCGGCCGUCGGUGAUACUUUGGAGAAAUACGUCACGGAUAAGGUUUUACAAACAUACUUGAUCAAGCUCGGUUUGACCACGAUCCAAGAUGGCGACGAUGAACUGGUGGACAACUUUCUGACCAUCAUGGAGAGGACGAGGGCUGACUUCACCGCCACCUUCCGGCAAUUAGCUGAGGUGCCCCAGAGUCAACUAACCGACAAAACUACCCUGGAAAGCAAGUGGUCACUAAAUAAAGUACAAGAGGCCUCCGACUGGAGUGCUUGGGUUAACAAAUACAUCGACAGGCUCCAAGCUGAGAAAGUGUCAGAAGAGGAAAGGACAUCACGUAUGUGUAAAGCGAAUCCCGUGUACGUCCCUCGCAACUGGAUAAUGCAGGAGGCCAUCAAUGAUGCAGAAAAUAACGAUUUUGAAAAGGUACGAUUCCUUCUGAAACUGUUCGAGAAACCAUUUGAACCGAAUGAGGAGGCGGAAAAGCGAGGGUACUCAUCACAACCACCGAGCUGGUCUUACGGACUUAAACUAAGCUGUUCCAGCUAGUUUUUUUCCGCCCGCCUCACGCUUUUUCUCGGAGGGGUAGGCAGAGACUACAUCUUUCCACUUGCCACGAUCUCUGCAUACUUCCUUUGCAUAUAUAGAUA